CAAUUCUUCAUCACCAAUUAUAAAUGCGCCAUAAUCUGUAAAGAAGAUAAGGAGUUGGUCGAGUCGUCCUCUUUGUUCUUUUUACUUCCGUACGUAAUAUAUAUCCCUAUAAAUUCGUAAAAUUGAAAAAGAAAAUAAUAGGAAAAAUCUUGAUUCCCAUCAACGUUUCAGAUUGAAUCAGAAAGGGACAUUUGCUCCUAUCACUUGGAAUUCAGUUGAAAAGAUUAUCACCAAGCUAUAACUAAGCUCUAAGCAGACUGUGUUUAGCUGAUGACUCUGCAACUAGAUAAGGUUAGGUAGAAACAUUGGGAUUCUGUGCCGUUGCUGCAACCAGAUCCUUUAAAUCCUCUUUUAAUUAUCUGGUUGCAUAAUAAUCUGACUGCACACAUAUGUUGAAGAUGGGUUUAAGAUUUAAACAGGUCCUGCUCCUUUUUCUCUUUAUAGCAAUAUUUAAUGAUGAUGUUAAAGCAGAACAGGGAAAAGAGACUUUACAAAAGUUAAGAACUGCUCCCCGAAGGAAUGCCGGGAAUGGUGUGAUAGAUGGGUCAGGUAUAGAACAUAUUUUGAGUUCUGAUGGGACUAGUAAUGAAAUGGGCGAUGAGCGGAAGGGAGAGAACAAUAGAGUUUCAGUGUCGACUGUUGCAUUUUUCACGCUGGCGAUGGCUGCAGCUACUGGUUUAGGUGCCUUACCAUUCUUCUUUGUGGAGCUAGAUUCUCAAUGGGCUGGUAUAUGCAAUGGGAUGGCUGCAGGGGUAAUGUUGGCAGCCAGCUUUGACCUUAUACAGGAAGGACAGAGCCAUGGUAGUGGUAGUUGGGUUGUGUUCGGUAUUUUGGCGGGUGGCAUUUUCAUUUGGCUUUGUAAGAAGUUUCUUGAGCAAUAUGGUGAAAUGAGCAUGCUGGACAUAAAAGGGGCAGAAGCAGCUAAAGUCAUUCUUGUCAUUGGAAUCAUGACCCUUCAUUCUUUUGGGGAGGGCUCUGGUGUGGGAGUAUCCUUUGCUGGAUCUAAGGGUUUAUCUAAGGGGAUUUUAGUAACUUUGGCCAUUGCUGUGCAUAAUAUACCUGAGGGCUUGGCUGUUAGUAUGGUGCUUGCAUCAAGAGGGGUCUCUCCACAAAAUGCUAUGUUAUGGAGUGUGAUUACAUCACUGCCACAGCCUAUUGUAGCAGUGCCAUCAUUUAUAUGUGCUGAUGCAUUCAACAAGUUCUUGCCAUUUGCUACGGGAUUUGCUGCCGGGUGCAUGAUUUGGAUGGUUAUUGCAGAGGUCCUUCCAGAUGGAUUCAAGCUCUCCACCUUAGUGGAGUUCUCAUCAUCAACUUCUAAUCCUAACUGCUUAUGGGAUAGAUUGUUGUUAUUUUCUCCAAUGGCUAAAGCUCCAGAGAUGAAAGCUCACCAUAAUGACCGAAGAUUCUUGUGUGGAAAGGCCAUCAAGGCUCAGUCUGAAGUAGCCUAUUCUGUUUUUCUGUCAUGGUUUGCUGUGAUAGUGGCUGUCUGGCAGAACUUUCAAGGUCUGAGCUUUUUCUGGUGUUCAGUGUUUAUAAAGGGGAAAAAAGAAAAAAUUGGUGUAACAAACAUUGAAGAAAUGGGUGAUUCAGUCGGCACUGGUACAGUGCCACCUCUCCCGCCGCCACUGCCCAAGUCGCCGCCGCAGUACCCAGAUUUUCCAGAGGAUGCUUCUGGCUUCUUUGUUUCACUACUUUUUGGUCUGGGACCAUUACUGGGUGGAAUUGCUCUUGUUGCAUUAGCUUUUGCUUUCCAUCUUCAGCAUGCCUUCCUCACUGGUGUGGCCUCUGGCAUUGCCUUUGUUCUUGGUGCCUGGAGACCUCUGCAACUACUACUGUCUGCAAAGAUGGGCCUUCUCCCCAACCUGAUCCUUCUUGGACUUGGAUCUGGAUUCGUCCACAUAUCGACUUCCAGCGCUACGAAGCUUGGAACUCGCAAGAGGACUUCAGCAAAUACUUUAUCUGCUGUCACUGGCUACUCAGUUAGUGCACUCACUCUCUACUCAAUCUUAUCUUGUGUUGCAGUUGCCCUUCAUGCUCUAGCUGAGGGACUAGCAUUAGGAGUCGCUGCACCUAAAGCCUAUGGGCUUGGACGCCACAUUGUCCUUCCUGUCUCCCUCCAUGGAUUUCCUAGGGGUGCUGCUGUAGCUAGUUGCAUAUUUGGUGCAACUGACAGUUGGCACGGGUCCCUUUUAUCUGCUGCGCUUAUCGGGUUCGUGGGCCCAUUAUCUGCAAUUGGAGCGAUUUUGGCUGGGAUUGACUACAGCGGUCUUGACCAUGUGAUGGUCUUUGCAUGUGGGGGACUUUUCCCUUGUUUUGGAAGUAUAAUCAGGAGAGCAGUAAAGUUAGAAAAAAGGAAGAGCAUUUUUGGGCUUGUCAUUGGCUUAGUUUUUGCUAUUUUGUGUCUGACUUGCACUAAGUUAGUAUGUUUGCAUACACCGUAUUGCAACUCCGCUCCAGAGGCUGUUAGAUGAUGAUACCAUAUGCUCGAGCUCACCAAUACAUCACCGAGAUACAAUUACAUGUACGAACAGGAAUUUUUGGGUUAUGCAUUCAGUGAAAUUGGACAGUUGGAAUCAGCAGAUUCUAGUGGUGAUUAGGAUGACUGAAAGCUUAUUGAGGCUCCAUUGAAAGAGUCUAUAAUUGUACAUUUAGAUUUAUUUAAGGUGCAGGUGUAAUUUUAGACCAUAAACCUUCUUUUGAACAUUUCCUUUGAUUUUGGUUUUCUAUAAAUUCUUAGGUUGGAUCCUAGUCAGUUAAUUCAAAUCCAUUUGAGGCUUUGAGCAAUCUUUUAA